AUGUCCAAGGUAUACGUCAUUGGUGCAACUGGAGGUAUCGGUGGUUCAGUCGUCAAGGAGCUGUUGGAGAAGAAUGUUCAAGUCACUGCUCUUGUUCGUGAUCCAUCCAAGGCAGAACAGCUGUUUGGUCAAUCAGUCAAUUUGACUCUCGUCAAAGGCGACUAUGAAGAUCUAGACGGCUACAAGAGUACCAUUGCUGGCCACGACAGACUUUUCCUCCUUGUUCACUCCUUCGGCCAUAUGCCUGCCAUCAAAAUUAACCUCGCUACCAUCGCUUAUGCCGCUGGCGUAAAGCAGGUUGUUCACGUCUCGUCAGUCUCCGUUUGUGGACCUUGGAGAGCAAGCUUUAUCGCCACUGAACAUUACGACUCAGAAGUUGGUAUCUUGAGCAUCCCUAACCGUGGCAAAUACGUGACCUUGAGACCCAACCAAUUUUUCAGCAAUCACCUCUUCAGUGACGACAAGACUAUUCGUGCCAAAAACGUCAUUUACGGAUCGGCCGAUCCUGACCUUGGUCUGCACUGGGUGUCUCCCAACGACAUUGCUAAA